CCUAAUCACUGUCAACUAAACGGCCGUGAUUGAGAGCGUCCUUCGAAUACAAACAAUUGCGUCCUUAUCCUUUCAUGAUUAGUUUGGAGUUUUUGUCAAACUUGGACUUUAUAAACCAACACUGGAUUUACAUUUGAAGAAAAAGAAGUUAUAUUUAUGUCAGCGUAAAGUGGAAUACUAAGCAGAUCUUCACAAGGAAAUACUAAACGUCACAAGGAUUCGCAAGAAAAUCUCUUUAUGAACUUCUCAACGUCAGCAUGUGUUUUGUAUUUUUAUAAACUUAAGCAUGCUACCUCCUGUUGCAUUUAGUAAGUAGAACAUGCCUCUUUUGCUUAUUGAAAGCAUUCAAUGUUGCUAAAACCUGGGAUUUGUGUUUCUCCUCACGGCUAAUAAAGUUCUGCAGCUGGUUUUGACUCGGAACUGAGUCUCAUCUCAGUUUAAACUCGUUUCAUCAGCGACCCACAAGAGCUGGUCGACAUCUGUCAUGAAUGUGCUAAGGUGCUCUGAAGUUUGCGCUAUGAUGAGACUUCUGGCGUUGUUUAUACACGUUAUGUCAACCACAGCAAGGAGACACGUUGUAUACUGGAACUCUACAAAUACACGGUUAACAGGAGAUGAUUACUCUGUCCAGGUCAAUCUGAGUGAUUAUCUGGAUAUACUGUGUCCACACUAUCCUGCCGACCACCCGUCCAGCGACCCUGUGGAGACUCUGGCUCUCUACCUGGUGUCUGAGGCCCAGUUCAGGGGCUGCGUGGAGACUAAAGAGGCCAUUAAGAGAUGGGAGUGUAACCAGCCGUACGCUCCCUACGGUCCUGUCAGAUUCUCUGAAAAGAUCCAGCGCUUCACACCCUUCUCCCUGGGCUUUGAAUUCCUGCCUGGACACCAUUACUACUAUAGCUCACUGUCCACAGACGACGGACCCCCCCUCCCAUGUAUGAAACUACGAGUCACUGUGUGUUGUCCACCGACAACAGCUGGAUCAUCAAGACGAGAAGACACAGAGAGACCAUCACCCAGCAGUGCUGUCCGUCCAGUGACUUUCUCUCCUCCUCAUCUUCCUCUUAUUGCCUUAUUUUCUCUAAUAUUUAUUUUUAAAACCUAAAAACAAGUGCUCUGUUGCUGUAGAUAUUCCUCCAUAACCAGUUGCAUUACAGUAAAUUCUUGCUCUACUUCUGUUGAUUACACACACACAUAGACUCUCUUUCUCAUACUCCUUUUUUCUGUCAUUUUUGUCACGCUAUUAAUCUCCAUCCCUCCAUUUCCUUUCUGGUUGUCUCUCUCUCUCUCUCUCGGUCCACUCUCAGUGGCUCCUUACUCCUGUCUGUUCUGCUGAAAGUUCACUCUGUAACAGAGCGACACUAAUCUACCUUCAAAGAGCUUAUCUUACUGUUCAUUUUCUUUUAAUCCUUCUGUCCUUGAGAGUCAGACAUUCCUUUACAAGCCCCUGCUCCCCCCCUCUGUCCUACUGUACAACAAACUGAGCCAAAGACGAGGAGGAUGAAGCUCCCGCUCCUGCUGUUUGUACUACUGAGUGAAAGAUCAGGGACCGAUCGGAGUGACCAUUCCAAUGUGUGAGCACUGCCAUAUCCAGUGAUCAACAGCUUGGGGGGAAAAAUACUUAAGUGUACUUUUUUUUU